CUUCUAUGUGCUUCAACUUGACAGACAGCCGGUUUUUCUCGUAUCCAUCAAAAUUCGAAGUGUCAUUUUUACAAAAUCCUAUUGAACAUUAUGAUUGGGACAGUGUUCGAUAACGUAAUGGUCGAUUAAACUUCGACAACAUCGGUUAAUGGAGAAUCACUGAUCGUCGAAACAUGUAAGUCGACCAUUCUCAGAUGUGCAUCUGGUUAAAGUAAGAGUUCCGUUUUGCGUAAUUCUAGUCAUGACCAAUACUAAUAACAACAACAUGACGUUCAAAAAACUGUGUCAGCUGUUCUGCUGCCCUCCCUGGCCCGGCAGCAUCACCGCCAAACUGGCCUUCAUGCCGCCCCCGCCCUCGUACGACUUCCGAAGGAUCGAGUCCACCGAAGACAGAUACGCGAUGGUCCUGAAGGACGGCGCGCACUGGAUCCACUCCCAGUCGGACCUCCAGAAGCUGGAGGGUUUCUUCGUGAGGACCAGGAGGGGCAACAAGAUCGCCUGCCUGUACGUCAAGUGCACCAGCAAGCCGAGGUUCAUAGUGCUGUUCUCGCACGGUAACGCCGUCGAUCUGGGCCUGUGCAGCGGCUACUACAUAUGGCUGGGCACCAACCUGAAAUGCGACAUACUGAGCUACGACUAUUCCGGUUACGGCAUCAGCGGCGGCAGCCCGUACGAGAGCAAUCUGUAUCUGGACAUUGCCGCGGUCUGGCGGACCCUGAAAUUGAGGUACAACGCCAGCCCGGAGAACAUCAUCCUCUACGGAUACAGCAUCGGCACCGUGCCCACCAUACGUCUGGCCGCGAAGGAACGCGUCGCCGGCGUCGUCAUCCACUCCGGCCUCAUGUCCGGACUCCGGGUGGCCUUCCCCCACAUGACCACCACGCUGUGCUGCGAUCCGUUCCCGAGCGUGGAGAGGGUGCGUAAGAUACGCUCGCCCACCCUCGUGAUUCACGGCACCGACGACGAGAUCAUCGACUUCUCGCACGGCCUAGGACUGCACGACCGGUGUCCGGCCGCCGUCGAGCCGCUCUGGGUGGACGGGGGCGGUCACAACGACCUCGAGUUCAGGACGGUGUUCCUGGAGCGGCUGAAGAGGUUCCUGAGCGACGAGGUGGACAGGAGCGCGGCCGCGCCCUCCGGAGACGACUUUAGGUUGAUAUUCUGUUGUAAAGUUUGAUUAAAGACGUUUAUUUAUGGUC